UUUCUUCUCUUCACGUGGCGUUGUGGCUUUUCAAAUGAACCGUUACUAAAAAAGUCAUAUUAGUUUGAUAACGAGAUAUUGUUGAAAUUGUUAAGUUCGAGAAGAUUAUAUUAUUCUAAUAAAAUUAUUAUUGAAAAUUUUUUCUUGUUUGAUGAUUUUUAAUAGCUAACGAACUUCAUAUAUUUUGUAUGUAUUUAAAGAUAUAUAAUUACUGUGGAGUACAGUUUAGUUUGGUAUAAUUCAUGAAGUAAAAGAUUCAAGCGGGAAAGUUUAUGUUGGUUAAAAUAUAACUGAGAUCAAAGGAAGAAUGCAAGCUUUUUUAAAAAUAGGUAAAUUAGGAACAGGAGAUACGAAAAAACCUUCUACUUCUCGUACAAAGGAAGAACGAAACGAGUCAUUAACACCAUGGGUAGAGAAAUAUCGACCAAGAACAGUUGAAGAUGUCGUCGAGCAAGCAGAAGUCGUUGAAGUCUUAAAACAAUGCAUGGAUGGUGGCGACUUUCCAAAUUUAUUGUUUUAUGGUCCACCUGGUACUGGUAAAACUAGUACUAUUUUAGCAGCAUCUAGGCAAUUAUUUGGUACAAUGUAUAAAGAAAGAAUUCUAGAAUUAAAUGCUUCCGAUGAAAGAGGAAUACAAGUAAUAAGAGACAAGGUAAAAUCGUUUGCCCAACUUACUGCUGGAAGCAUGAGAAAGGACGGAAAGAAAUGUCCUCCAUUCAAAAUUAUUAUUUUGGAUGAAGCAGAUAGUAUGACCCAUGCAGCGCAAGCAGCUCUUCGUCGUACAAUGGAAAAAGAAUCUCAUAGUACGCGUUUUUGUUUAAUUUGUAAUUAUGUAUCAAGAAUUAUAGAACCUUUGACAUCACGUUGUACGAAGUUUAGAUUCAAACCACUUGGAGAGGAAAAAAUUAUUGAACGAUUGGAAUAUAUAUGCGAGAAAGAAAGCCUAAAAGCUGAAAAACCAGUUCUUGUAAAAAUUGUAGAAGCAUCAGGUGGUGAUUUAAGACGUGCUAUUACCUGUUUACAAUCCAUUGCGAGAUUAAAAGGGAAAGGCAUAGAAGUUACAAUCAAUGAUGCACUUGAAAUUAUUGGUUUUGUACCUGACAAUUGGCUUGAUAAUUUAAUGGAAGUCUGCAAAUCUAAAGAUUAUAAUAAAGUAGAAGCGUUUAUAGAAGAUUUCUUACUGGAGGCUUAUGCAACUUCGCAGGUUAUAGAGCAACUAAGCGAUAGAAUAAUUUAUUCUAAUGAAUUUUCUGAUAAGCAGAAGGCAAUGAUUGCAGAAAAACUUGGGCAAUGUAACUACAGGUUAUUGGAAGGAGGUAGCGAAUACAUACAACUUAUGGACCUUUGUUACUGUAUUAUAAAAGCAUGCAAUUGAACAUGAAGUUUUUUGUUGAAUACGGGUCAAAUGUUCUAUGCAUCGUUUAUAUGAUGUAUAUUAGUAUAUUUAUAUUAACAAUAAAAUAAAUAUUUUUUAUAUUUUUUUAAGAUAAGUAUUAAACAAUAUCUAAUAUUUCUAUUAUGUGACUAAGACUUUUUUUGCAUAAUUUUAAGUAAUAAUACAGGUAAGGAUAUAUAAUAUUUGAGUAUGCUAGCAACAGAACAUUAGUGUUUUGUUAAU